GGUGGGGUGGUGCGUUCCGAGUUCCCAGGAGUUCGAGGCGGGCGGGUGCCGGGGGGAGGGGAGUGGCGGCGGCGGCGGCGGCGGGCGGCUCCCGCUUCAGCCUCAGCAGUGGCGUCGGCGACGGCGGAGUCGAGGCACCCGCGAGCGCUCGGCUAAGUGUCAGCCCGCGGCGACGGCGCAAGAGCUGGGAGUUAGGGACACGCUCGCCGGACCUUCCGCCGCCGCCGCGCCGCGGCCGCUGCUGCCGCCACCCAGAGCCUGAGGCGCCGGGGCCCGGGGAGCCGGGGGGACGGCGGGAGAGCGGGCCGGGGGGAGGGUGGGGUAUGGCGCGGACCCCGGGGCCGGCCCCGCUGUGUCCCGGAGGCGGCAAAGCACAACUUUCCUCCGCUUCUCCCCCCGGGGCCGGGCUCCUGCUGCCGCCCCCGACGCCACCGCCGCUGCUGCUGCUGCUGCUCUUCCCGCUGCUGCUCUUCUCCCGGCUCUGUGGUGCCUUAGCUGGACCAAUUAUUGUGGAGCCACAUGUCACAGCAGUAUGGGGAAAGAAUGUUUCAUUGAAGUGUUUAAUUGAAGUAAAUGAAACCAUAACACAAAUUUCAUGGGAGAAGAUACAUGGCAAAAGUACACAGACUAUUGCAGUUCAUCAUCCUCAAUAUGGAUUCUCUGUUCAAGGAGAAUAUCAGGGAAGAGUCUUGUUUAAAAACUAUUCACUUAAUGAUGCAACAAUUACUCUACAUAACAUCGGAUUCUCUGAUUCUGGAAAAUACAUAUGCAAAGCUGUUACAUUUCCACUUGGAAAUGCCCAGUCCUCUACAACUGUAACUGUGUUAGUUGAACCCACUGUGAGCCUGAUAAAAGGGCCAGAUUCUUUAAUUGAUGGAGGAAAUGAAACAGUAGCAGCCAUUUGUAUUGCAGCCACUGGAAAACCAGUUGCACAUAUUGACUGGGAAGGUGAUCUUGGUGAAAUGGAAUCCACUACAACUUCUUUUCCAAAUGAAACAGCAACAAUUGUCAGCAAGUAUAAGCUGUUUCCAACCAGAUUUGCUAGAGGAAGGCGACUUACUUGUGUUGUAAAACAUCCAGCCUUGGAAAAGGAUAUCCGAUACUCCUUCAUGUUAGAUAUACAGUAUGCCCCUGAAGUUUCAGUAACAGGAUAUGAUGGAAAUUGGUUUGUGGGGAGACGAGGUGUUAAUCUCAAGUGUAAUGCUGAUGCAAAUCCACCACCAUUCAAAUCUGUGUGGAGCAGGUUGGAUGGACAAUGGCUUGAUGGUUUGUUGGCUUCAGAUAAUACUCUUCAUUUUGUCCAUCCGCUGACUUUCAAUUAUUCUGGUGUUUACGUCUGUAAAGUGACCAAUUCUCUUGGCCAAAGAAGUGAUCAAAAGGUCAUCUACAUUUCAGAUGUUCCAUUUAAGCAGACCUCUUCCAUAGCUGUAGCUGGUGCUGUCAUUGGAGCUGUCCUUGCCCUUUUCAUCAUUGCUGUCUUUGUGACUGUGCUGCUCACUCCUCGGAAAAAGAAACCAUCCUACCUUGACAAAGUGAUUGAUCUUCCACCCACACAUAAACCACCUCCUUUGUAUGAAGAACGAUCUGUAUCUUUGCCUCAAAAAGAACUCUUGUAUCAGACUGAACACUUGCCUUUGCAGACUCAGAAAAAUGAAAGAGAAAUUUGCAGUCUUCCACCCUCUAAUGGCCUAAAUACCAGGAGUUUUGACUAUGAAGAUGAGAACCCAGUGGGAGAAGAUGGGAUUCAGCAGAUGUACCCUCUUUACAAUCAGAUGUGCUACCAAGACCGGAGCCCUGUCAAACAUCAUCAAAACAAUGACCCCAAGAGAGUCUUCAUCAACCCACGAGAACAUUAUGUGUGACUUUCCUCUUCAAUGGUUGUUCUAACAAAUGUUUAUUCUUAGAUUGGGGAGAGAAACUGAGGCCAAUUGUUAUUUUAUUCUCUCUAGUAUAAAACCAUCCCAGUCUAAUUGUAUUGGAAGUCUUGAUGAAUGACUUGGAGCUAAUAGCAGAUUUCUUUCCUUCAUUAAGGGUUUUUUAACCACCAGCUGUGUUGUGAACUUGACUGUAGCUUUGUGUGUUUCUGUGAUGAUGGCGUUUAACUACUAACAUUUGGCCUACAAUGGCAUGUUCAUUUGGAAGUGCAGCAUCUGCCCAUGAUGACUGUAGUCAUUCUCCAGAAAGAAAGGCCCCAGCUGGUAGUAUUAAACUCUCUCGGUCCCAAGCAGGCCAGCCCAUUUAUCUCUAAUUCAAAAGAGUGGAAUAAUGAGUUCAGAAUCCAUUUCACUGAUUGUUUAGAUGGGAUUUAGAUUUCCCUGACAUGCUUAAUGCAAUUACAAUACCUGUGUACAAAGUCCUGAGGAAAAAGACAAGAUUUGUUCUUUAUCCAGAAACAACAACAAUAACAAAAGGCAAUUAAACCUUCCAUCCUGUCAGUUGCUUUUAAAUCACCUUGUCAUUGUGAUAUAUGUCCCUUCUUGGUCAGUAAGGUCCUGAGGAUGCACAGUUCCUGCUGUUACCUGACUACUUGUGACUAGCUGUAUGUAACAGUUUCAUCUCUUGUUCUGCCGAGUUCCCACAGUCUAGUCCUUUACUACCAGAUUAGCCCAUUUUCCACCGAUUAAUUUCUAAAAUCCCUGUCUAAGUGGUGUUCAGCCUCUCUCCUUGUCCCCACUUUUCUCUAGGAUUAUACAUGAGGCGCUCAGCUUUCACUUCUAGAAUUUCAUUCAAAAUAAUGUCAGUCCACACAGGAGUUAGCUGUCCUGCCACUUCACACCAGUUACCUUCCAUGUUUUAUCUACCUCAGAAAAGCCUGCUGGAAAACACCAUGAACGAACUUCUGCUCUUAAAAGCCAGGUGGAAAAUUCAGAAACUAUUUUUUUUUUAAAUAAAACCACUUCAGUAUGGUAUGUGUGGUAAACCCACAUAUCCUAUAUUCUUCCUCCCAUACUUUACCUCAUCAAGAAGAGUAAAAAGAUGCUAAAAAACAAGAGAUACAGUGGUUUAUCUACCAGGGUAUCCUGCAACUCCGGAUGUCUGCCAGGAGCUUGCUUAUCUUCCCUUGCCAACUUUCCAUUAUGGGGACCGACGGUAAUAAUUACACUAGGUGAGCACAGACAGAAGAAUCGCAGUUAUGUGUGCCAGUGCCCAUCACUAUCUCUCACAUCUGAAGGAAAGUGUAGAUUUACUGUGUAUUCUGGAAGAUUAGAGUAUGUCACAGGUAUAAAAAACACUGUAAGCUUGUCAUAUCUUAGGGAAGAGUGGAAUGAGCACUGAAAUAAAAUAGCACACAUUUCCAACCUAGCUGCAAGGGGAAAGGAGAACAUUACCUAGAUUUUUAAUGUGAUACCAAAGAUACUUUAUGAUUUGUAUUGUACUGGCUAAAGUUUGUGUGUCUGUGUGUGUGUGUUUUCCUCUUUCAGUUCCAUGCUUUGUCAGACAAAUGAUCCACGUUGUUCUACAGUAGUAAUAUACUCUCCCUCCAUUACCUAAAGACCAACAAUUCUGGGGAAAAUGAUACUUAAAUUCCAAUUCAAAUCUUUGGCGAUUUUAAAGGCAAUAGCUGUAGAGCAUCAAAGGGUAAAACUCCAGUGACUCUCAUUGCAGAAUCACUGUGCUACCUCUGAGUUAGAGUUUACUGCCUCUUAUUGCAAAGAAGAUAAGCGACUUCAUUGCUUAGAAUGCCAUCACUGAGUGAGUGUAGCUGGAAGGUAUAGGAAUCCUUGCAAUUGUUUUCCAAAAAUUAGAUGACUGGUCAGAUCUCUCUGUGACAGCAAAGUGUUUUAUAAAUACUGGAGGUUAUGGUGGUGCAUCACCUCCUUUACAAAGCUUUACAAAUGUCUUACAUGCUGGGGAUGGUUUCUAGGGUCCUGUUGGUAAACAGACUGUUGAAUUAACUCAAAGAAUCACUGUGGGCCCAGGCAGAGUACAGAUGUCUUCAUUUGCACCACAGAAAGGGAUUCAGAAGCACUGGGUUUCAGGAGUCCUUUGUUCUGUCUUCAGCAUGUUCCCAAAAGGAACCACUGUCUGCCUUUCACUUUCUUGGUGUAGUUAUGGAAAAUAAAUUUCAGGAUGUAAACAUCUCUCUUGCAGUCAGCUAGCUGAGCAUUCUCUUUGCCUUUCACUCAGCUCUGAUAUUUCUUGAACAAACUGGUAGAUUUUAUAGCUGUUGGCCCUUUGCAUGGGUCAUAUAAGCUCUAUAACAGCUUAUUCUGGUGCCUCCCAUAUUCUCUCUCUGAAAACUGAGCUAUAUGGAGAGGAGUUUUACAAGGGUUUGAUCAACCAGCCCCCUCAACUAAAAAAUGCUAUCCAGAAUUAGGCUGUUGAUCUCUAAAUUUGGAGACUAGACUGCCUGAUGAUGCCUUUUAAAUUUGGACGUUAGACUCUUAAAGGUCAAUGAGUAAGGUUUAGAGAUAUAAUCUACAGCUGAUAUUAGAUACCAUAACUGGUUUUCUAAAAUACACUGAGAUAGAAAUAAAUAUCCAGCGCACUUGGAGGGGGCAUAUGCUCACAUUAAACAUAUACUUUAUUGCCUAUUUUGUAUGUAGCCCAUCCCUGGGAGUGUGCAUUGUUGCUGCAAGAGCAGAACACUGGGUUCUUUGCAUAUCACACUAACAGGAAGAAGCAUCAGCAUCACCUAGGAUCGGCCUAACAUGACAGGACAAGAAUUAAAUGGCAUCGGUUUAUUAUUUCUUCUAUAAGAGUUCUCUCUAUGCCUGGCAUUUUUAUAUGUUCUAAAUUUGAAGUCCAUGCUCUUACCUGUGCUAGUCUUCACUAUAACAUGCACAUAGUAGACACUAACAUGAUAUUCAGCAAACUAAAUGAACUGGCUCCAUUAUUAUUUUCUGUAACCUUGUUUACAAGACAAGGACAGUUUCUUUAUCCUUCUGAGAAAAUUUCCUAAUUCCUCUUUCAUAGUAGUCUAAAAUUCACCAUUUUUCCCAUCAUUGCUCAGUCUUUUCCUGCCCUGAUUUCCUAGUGCUAUUUGUUACAUAAAGACUGCCUUCAACCCUCUUAUUCCCUGGAGUGUAGAGGAUAGGAUAUUGUUCCAAGAAUGAAAAGAACAGGUUCUACUUCCAGCGUUACCCCUUACUAUGGAAACUUAGACAAGUCACUUAACCUGUCUUAGGUAUCAAAGUCCGUAAAGCCGAUUAUAAUACCUUCCUGAGAAUUAAACAAGGAGAUCAUGGACUGGAAAUUGUAAGUUCUUUGGAAACCGAUGAGUGCCUAUCACUUUAUUGUUGCAUAUUGAACUUAAACUUCUGCUGCUGUUGCCAGCAUUUAGAGAACUGUAGUAUCCUCAGAAAGAGCCAAGUAGCAACAGGGAAAUUUCACUUUGACCUAAUUCAAGUAGAGCUAACUGCCACUAGUAGACAUUACUUUGACUAUAAUAAGUAUUUCUCAUAUGGAAAGUCUUAUGUCUGAAUUUUAAGCAUUAACUGGAGUGGAAACGCCAUGUUGCUAUAACUAGUGAUGGUUCUUGAUUUACAAAUUACUACUUACAACUAACAUUAUUGAUGGGGGUAGUAUGGACUGGGUUCCAGUGCAAGCACCUUACAUGAAUCACCUCAUUGAAUAGGGCCAGACUUUUCUUUUUUUUUGUCCUCUUUCUAAGAGCCCUUGGGGGAACAGACACACUCACAUUCCACACCAGGCAAUCAUAGGUCAUGCUGAUCAUCAGUCAGCUGUUACUUUUUUCAAAUCUGCUUUUGGUGUUAUAAAAUAUAGUUGUCUUGGAUUUUUUUUUCAUGUUUAAGCAGAAGUAUAUAAAAGGUUCAUGGAAGAAAACCAUAAGAAAUAUUCAGGUGAAAACAAAUGGAUAUGCUUAUUUUUUACUUAGGUUUUGGCCUUCUUUAAAUACUUAGAAAGGCUCUCACAUCCACAGCUACAAAAUAACGACCAAAACUCAAAACCACUCCAUCCUUGUUUGUUGGAUUUUAGUGGGCACAAACUUCUCUCUGACAUCGCUUCCUCAAGGUAGUUCUUUGAUAUACUAAUUGCUGUUUCUUUUUCUCACCUUUAUUGAACUCCCAGGAGUGGUAACAUUGGUAUUGUGGACAGGUGAAAAGAAAGGGGACUUUGGUAGUAAGCCAGAAGAAUAGAAAGGGUGUGAAGUAGAAAUGUCAGGGACCACCUGUGACUUGGCUCUAUGCUUGUCUCCUUCCUUUGGCAAGACCCUUUCAUCAUCCUUUGGCAGACCUUAUAAAACUAGAGAAUUUCAUUCCUGUUAACUAAAAACUAAUAUUUGCGAGCUUAUUAAACUAUAGGCUAUAACUGUAUUAAUCUUGUUACCUCUACUGAAAUGCAUGGGUUUCUGUCAUUAAACCAAGUGAUAAGCUGGUCUUUGCCAAUUUAGGCAUUCACAGCUAUUGGGUGUUUCAGUAGCCUUCUGUAGCUGGAGGAAUGAGGGCUAUACCAGCCUCACCAGGUAAGUCUUUACACUCACCAUCAGGUCUUUGCGAAGCACUGUGUCAUGUGUGUUUAUAAGCAAGUAGUCACCAGAACAGCCAUCCAACCUGUCCUGUAAACUUGAAAAGACCCCAGCUCUGUCCUUUAAGGCAUUCCAAUGACAUCCCACCUAAAAGAAUUAUUGUAAGUGAACCCAGCUAUCCCAGCAGAUUGAACCAGGCACCCAAUAGAUCAUUUUACUUUUGCACAGAAUGAGUAAGUAAUCCUAGGAUGGGGUUGUUCGUGGAGGGCUGGAGUGCCUUACACUUAGGCCAGUCUACAUAGCUUCAAUACCACUAAUUUGACUGUUGAAAAUAUUCACUUAUUAAUAAGGUUCUGGUGUUGAACUACAGACAGAAAAUAGUCCCUAAAGUAAACAGAAUUUUUCAAAUGCUUAAGCCCCUGGAGGUUGUAGUCCUGAUUGGGAUACUUUAAGUGUUAACCAAUCUCCCCCAAAGUAUACAUAAAGACUGAUUAACAUAUUCCCAAACAACUUGAAUAAAUUUUAUCAAAUGUAACAUGAUUUAAUAAGGAGUUCUCAGGUUUUCAUGCCUCUAAACUCAACUACUUGUUGAAUAGAAUUCUUUUGACAUUUAUUCUUAGUGACAGCUUGUUCCCCCACCUCCAGGGUGUGUGUGUGUGUGUGUGUGAGAGAAAGAGAAAAGGGGAGGAGUGUAUUUAAAUUUCCCUGGCCGGCCUAAAUUUGUAAAUACUAUGUUGUUUAUUAUUGUAUAUCCCCUCUUGGAUUAAUUAUUUUCCUCUACUUAAGUUUCAACUCAGUUUUAGAAGUUUGAAACUUUAAGUAGACUAGAAUAAGAGAACGUAAAACAAUUCAAAGUAACUAAUCAUCUUUUUUUAUCAUAAAUUACUAGUUGGGACCAUGAUGUAGAAGUUCCCUCUGAAUCUCAGGGAGAAGGGUAACUACUAUUGACAAAUAAAAACAUUCUCCAUUCUAUUGGUUAUGAAUAAAUCUCUUCCCAAUCCGGGUUUGGGGUCUAAGGCUAUGAUCUAUAUCAAGUGACUAGCUACAUUCUUAUCUUCCAGCUGUGAAGUUUAGGGUUAAAUGCCUGAAUUUCAGAGGAACAGGUUUUCUGAAUAUCAGUGCCUUAUAAACAUGGAAAAGAGCCACAUCUCCACAAGUUAACACUGGACCAGGCUCUGUCUUCUAGGUGUUCUAUUCUACAGCUGUGUUGUUUACAGAUGUCAGGAGCGCCAGGAGUUGCACAGGAGGAGGUCAAGUGGAGAUGCCUUCUUAGACUGAAAGUUAAUAUUAAAUUGUAGUUGAACCCCAGAUACUCUUUAAUAAACCAAAAGCAGCCAAUCUUGCUUUUUCUAAAGGUGGAAGAACAACAGUUGCCCUCUUACAGUUUUUCCCAGCACUACCAUUUGAAGUUUCUCUGACCAGUCCCCCAUGGCCCAGCAGCAUCCUUGGUGUAUGACCUACACUGAUUGUAUUUAUUUCCGUGGCAUGGGAUUUAACUGUGAAAGUUGAUUAGAAGAGACCUUGAGGGAAAGCCUCCCUGGGAAUCCAGAACAUCAGAUUCGCUACACCGACUUAGAACCGUGGCCUACCCUACUCCAUGUGUAUCUGACAACCAUGAAGAGGUGUUUUAUGUGUCUCCUCAGAGGUUAAUUUCCCUUCAUAACUCGGUGGAGCUAUGAAACCCAGAGGUGCACAUGGUUUUCCACGUGAAUGGGCACUGGUGUUUUGGUUUUCAGUACCUUCCCAAUAAUGACCAGUAUUCUUUUAAUUCAUCCUAGCAUAUUGAUCAGGCUAAAUUAAAUUCUUCGAGUCAUUUUGGUGGUCACUGUUCUUUAUAUUUUAACUCGAGGCAGCAGAAGUUUGUCCUAAAUUCAUUUGUUAGAAGUUGCCCACACUGUUUCAUGUAUACCUCUGCUUUUUUCACAUGGCCUUAUGAGAAUUUAUUGCACAUAUUUCCUUUAACUGAGCAUUUCAAUACUCAUAUGAGUGUUUGUCAUCUUAGACUUCAUUAUAUACUUGAAAUUCAAAGUGCUUUGUAAAAAUAUAAAAAAAAGUUAUGUAGCUGUUAUUGCUACUGGAUCCCCUGGAUUAUUCCACUUGUCAAUCUAUAGAAGUUCCUGUUUAUCCUCUACCUUCUGUUUAUGUUUCUAAGCCAGUGCUUUAAGACAUAACAUCUGCUCCAGCCUAUUCACUCUCCAUGGGUCUUAACCUCUUAACUUCUCAGUUUUAUCCUGUAGGUUAGUGCUGUCUAACUCUCAGGGACUUUAUGGGGCGGGGGAGGAUAAGAUGUUUAAGGGUUAUCUUCAAGAGAGAUCCUUCUCUGAAAGUGAUUUUAUAAAAGCCCCUUGGCUUAUAAAUGAGAAACUACAGUUCCUCAGCUAUUUUUUUUCCCUAUUGUUUUGCUGUUUUUAUUUCUGAAAAGUGAUCUCUGCCUGAAAGGAGUCUUUAGUCUUAUUUUAACUUUCUCCCCAUUAAUUCUUUUCCUUUUUAAAUCUCUGCCUUAGCCAUCCUCUGAACUUUUCACUUAUGGAGCCAAAAUGAAUUCUCCCACAACAAAUCCCAGUACUCUUACUCCUGCCAUAAACAAAUGAACGUCCUCCUCCAAAGGAGCGUCUACCUAGCUGUUCCCACAAGAAGCCAGAAGAGAAUGAGUUCUUGCUGUGGCACGGGGCAAGGUCUCCCCUGUGCCUUGGUUCUCCCUGUGUAAGCAGAAGUUGAUUCAGCUAUUUCAUUGCAGCUAGGUAUUGUGAGUCCUGACUAACAAAUGGGGAAAGGCUUUUUGCAAAUGUCCUGUACUAUAUAAAUUCAUGGUAGAUGAUCUGGAGUGUCCUCAGAUAGGAAUAAGUUCUUGUAUAGCUCAAAUCAGAAUACUAAUCCAUCCAUUAUUCCUAUUUUCAGAAGAAAUGUUUCACUAACUUCUUUUUCAUAGUGAAAAUUAGUUUCUAGUCACUUAAACUAUUUUUAUUUUGGUGUAUAGGAAGGGAUCAAUAGUAUGUAUUUUUGCUUCUCCCAAGUUACAUUUUUCAGUUUUAGAACUGAAACAGUUCCUUAACAGUGUACAUGGGUAAAGAGGAAGAUUCUAGCUCAGAUGUUGUAAAAUAGAGAAAGUCAAAGAUUAGCCUUGAAUAUGAGAUUGUAUUCUAAAUAAUAAAUGUUAAUGUGGUUGUUGUUUUAGAUAUCUUUAAGUUACCAGAAAUUGUUUUUUUUUUAUUUUUACAGUUUUGAAAUAUCAUUCUUUACCUGUUUCGAAUAAAGUGUUUUAUCCAUUAAGGUUUCUUUUUAUUCUA